AUGGUGAUGGAGGAGCCGCCCAAAGUCGGGCUCGGCGCUCCAGCCAACCGCCCGUGUGUGGCUGCUGCGGCGGCGGCGGUAUUCAAAUCCUCGAAGAAGAAUACUAAGCCUAAGAAAAUCCCGCAGCGCGGCCUCGGCGUCGCCCAGUUGGAGAAGCUCCGCAUCCUCGAGGGGCUACAAAUGAACGACGGCGCAUCCGCGUCUCCCGCUCACGGCUUCGGAUUGCCGGUGGAACUGCGAGACACCUCAACUUUCUCCAAGAGGCCACCCUUGGUCGCUGCUUCCUUCAACGGGCAACAACAAAGACUUCCUCCUCCCCCUCCGCUGCCGCCACCUCCGCCACCCAUUUUUCCGACGUUUUGGAGCAGCAAUGCCCGCUUGACUAGCCUGGCGCAGACGAUUCCCAUGGUGAAUUCUGCAGUUAAUCAUCAGACGGAGCCCCCUACAAACCAAAAUACCCCAAACAUCCAUGAUUUGCGCAAUUUUUACUGGAGACAUAAAGAGAAGAAUUUGUUAGAGAUGCUCGGGGAAAAACGUCCUUGGUCUUCUCAUCUCGCUGGUGUUUGCUCAUCAGCUAAUGGAACUAAUUCGACUUCAGAUCUCUGUCUGGAGCCGUGGAACACAGAAAAUGGCAGGUUUCUCAGCUUAGGUUUAGUUCCUACACCAAAUUUGAGAUCUAUCGACAAUUCUCAAUAUCAUUGCUCAGAUUUCGACUUGCAGAACACUCAUCAGAAAAACUCAGGCAAUGGAUCUUCUCCGCCUAAUAGACGAUCAUUUUACAAUUUCUUUCCUCUUGAGAAAAUGUCACCUGAGAAUGGUGAAGCACUAGAUGGGGAUAUCGAUCUUGACCUGAAACUUUAG